AGUUCCAGCAUCCUGCCGAGCAAAGAAGCAAUUAGCCAAAAUGAUACCUGGAGGCUUAACUGAAGCCAAACCUGCCACUCCAGAAAUCCAGGAGAUUGCUAAGGAGGUUAAACCUCAGCUUGAAGAAAAAACAAAUGAGAGUUACCAAGAGUUUGAAGCCGUAGAGUAUAAAACUCAAGUGGUUGCUGGAAUAAAUUACUACAUUAAGGUGCGAGUAGGUGAUAAUAGUUAUAUUCACAUGAAAGUAUUCAAAGGCCUUCCUCAACAAAAUCCAACUUUGACACUUACUGGUUACCAGACUGACAAAAGCAAGGACGAUGAGAUCACAGGCUUUUAGCAGCAUGUUCCAAAAGUGGUCUGAUAUUUUCCACUGGCUACUGACUAAUGUUCCCUGCUAAUAAAUGUAACUAUCAAUAAACAAGCAUUCCUUUUCAAAUAAAUUUAUUUCUUCAAAAAAAAA